CAGACAGCACACUAUAAAGACUCCACGCCAUAUACUUUACUUAAAUGGGAACUUAAUUUUCCAACUGCAAACUGUGUGUUCUAUAACACGAUCAAUAUUACAACAGUUAACACAAGUAACUGCAUGUUGAUCUAAAACGCCGAUUGCAAAAUGGACGAUAGAUGACAAAAUGUCAACUUGUUAGAUUCGUUAGAUAAUUGCAUACAACUCGCGCGCAUUUCGUAUAUCGCGAACACGAUUGACAUUCCGUGAGACACAAAUUGCGUUAUUUUCAAGAGUCACGACAAAAUCUCAAGGCUAAUGUCCUUGGGUUAGGAAUGCGUUGAAGCAGCUACAGCUGUGUUAUGAAAUUACGUCUUGGAAACAUCGCGUUGAUCACGACUGCUUGGGCGAUAUAAACAUAAAUUUUUUCCAACCACAGACAAAAUUGACGUGCGUCGCUUUAAAUGGGCGCCAAUGUCUGCACAUUCGAAACCUAAUAUGGCUUCAACCAAACACAUUUUAACAGCGUGACCUGUUGAUAGGUUCGUAGUCUUAGAGGCUUCUUUGGUGGGAAAUAGACCGGGUUCGAACUCGCAACGGUUCAUCGCUAUCACAUUUGGAAAAACAACAUAUUUGUAUUAGCCAGGAAAUAUUGAUUCGCCACAUUUUUGCGCAAAUACUUUCAAAUCAGGUACGUAACUACCAUAAUUUGACGCACAUUUUUGCUUGGUUUAGUUUUACUCAUACAAUGUUUUAAAAGAUAUGAUCAAGGUGAAUACACACAUACCUUGUCAAAUAAGUUCCUUUAUUAGCGUGAUAUGGUGCUUUAUAACUUGCCUGUUGAAGCGCAUCGUGUUGCAAUUAAACAAAAAAAAUUUUAACUAUACAAUAUCCUAUGUAGAACAACUGUACAUGUUGUUUUUGAAAGUACAAAAUGUACAGUUUUGGAAUACGUACGGUUGUUUUUCGACGCUUGAAUAUCAUGGACUAUGGGUAUAGAUAUAGGGUGCGUAUAUUAAUGCGCAAUCUCUCUAAUAGCAAAUUAAAAGCAUGCAACAAGGCCAAAGGUUCACACGUAUCCAUAAUUCAGAGUUGAAUGGCGACAAUUGGCCCUGUACAUUUAGUAUAUUAUUAUAGUUUGUUGAGUCGAUACAUUUUAUUUUUGUAUGUGAUGGUACGCUUAUAAACGCUUUAGUUCCCAACGCAAACCGAAUUCGUAUGCACUCAACUACUUAUUCCCACUUCUACACAUCAUGGUUUGUGUAUGAUCCAGCAGCAGGCUUUGCUGGAACAUUAUCGAACUCUACAACGAUCGAUUUGCGUUAGAAAUAAAAAGAUUAUAUUUUCUUAGCUACUGCAUGCGUAGAGUGCAUCAUUCUGCGCAAAUGAAACAUUCUCUGAUGCUGGAUAUACUAGCAUGUAAUUACAGAAAUGUAUUCCAAGAUUAGUACAGAUAAUUAAAAUAAAACGUUAAAAAAUCCGUAAGAAAACGAGUCCUGUAGCUAUAGAAAACGAAACUUUCAACGUUAAUUUGUAUCGACACUUGGCGGCAAUGCGAAUCAGCGACCAUUUUGAAAUGCUGGUCCUAUAUUACUUGUUAGCUGUAUAUAUCAUGCGGAAAUUUACAUGAUAAAUUUGACUUGUUCACUAAAUACGUAGUCUCAAUUUGGUAAUGCACACGUGGUGAACUGCCAAACGCACAACCUCAUGGCGCAAACAACCACAAAACUCUAGAAAAACUGACAAAAACUAACUCGCUUUCUGUACCCGCAAACAAGCCGAAUGUGCACGUAUAUCACGUUUAUACUUCAUGCGUUCAUUUACCGUGCAUGUUUAACAACAACAUCAUUUCUUUGUCUAGAACAUUAAGCCAUACCGUACCAGUGAUUAACAUCCAGCUAUAACAAAAUUAGUAUAGAACAGGUUGAACUUUACAAAACAUACAUAUAAUUCAAUUACAAGAAUCAUAUAUGCAUGAGAUAUGCAUGAGAUGCAUUCUCCAAUUUCAUUGCGCAUAUAUUUCCCUUGUUUUUAAUACUAUAUGUGCCGUAAAACGUUUACAUUAUGUUUUCCAAUAUACAGUCUCAAAUCUUUAAAUGCUAGUCCUGCAUGCAUGUGCAUACAGUAAUCUUCUUAUUCUUUGUAAAUCGCCUCAGCAUGCAAUGUCUAUACAUAAUUUGUAUGUUAUCUACUUCUGUCUGAAGUCAGCUCGGGUGCAGGAUGCCCUACUGCAAUCAACUGCAUCAGUGCAAUAUGUGCAAUAUGUCGGAGAAAGUUUCAGAUGUUCAUUGCUUGGAUUACAAUCAAAGUGAUGUACCAGUCACUGAAGAGUGCUGUGCAGGCUUAGUUUGAUAUACACAUAUAGUUCCAAUAUUGUUUAUUGUUAUUUUUCAGUAUAAUACAAAACUAAAGUUAUUAUUAAUAUAAGUUUAUACUUUGUUAUGUAAGACAAAAAUACGUGCUAUAAAAACUCUCUGUUGAUAUUGUUAUGCCUGUACUUUGCCUUAGAUAUUAUCGGCUUAAAAUAUAUGAUCAUCAGCCUACUUGUUCAUUGAAACCAUGAUGUGCGUCAUAAAUGUACUUGUGAUAUUUUGAGUGAACCACUCCUCAGUCGUGCAGACAUGCAUGGGAACAAUGAUCGUAUAUUGUGUUCGCCAUUACGUAUAUUUGCAUGUGUUUAUGAUUCAGCUUGUGAAAACAAAGUUUUUCACCCGUGAUUGUUCAGCUGAUUCUAAAAUUACCUGAAGUAUAGCCUAUAAACAAAUAUCAUGUAUACUAGUUUUGCCAUAUCAUAUAUACUGAUGCGUGAGUUAGUCAUGGUAAUGGCCGGAGUCUGCCUGGAAAAAGUAUACAUUUUGCCAUUCCUUGAAAUCUCAUGUAGUUCUUUCGCUAUUUGCCUUUAAGUAUUCAACCCACAAACUUCUGCUCGGUUUCGUUAUGAGGUGUACAUGCAACAACAAGCACUAAUUUGCAGAUCCUAAAGAGUAAAGACUGCAUGCUUACACUAUACCAAAGUUUUUGUUGACCAUGCACAGUAGGAAUUUUGCAUAUAGGUAACAAACUCAGUGUUAAACACCGAGUCAGUUUCUUCAAAUAAUUCUUACAAAUGCUUCAAAACUUAGUAGAAGAAUUUCCUGCUGUGUCUGUGAUCACAGAAACUUUGAUAUAGUGUGAACCCGUCUUAAAUUCAGAGCGAUGGCUACAAAAUUUGCUUGGAAUUAUAUGACAUUCAAGAACUUAAAAUUGUGAGGCGCUGUACCUUAAAUUUUUAAACAAAUUAUAUAAAGAACUCAUGCAUGUAAUAUAGCUAGACUAUAUAAGACGUACAUGUACACCAAAUGGCGAGUACAUUCUACACAUUGACUAUAAUUGUAUAACAAUGCAAGUUUGUGUAAAUUGGCAGUAUAUAGAGGAUUCAGUAUAGAGCCAGGAGAGAACCUAGUGGAAUACAAAUUCGAGCCAUCAUAUUCAUAGUCCUCUGAUUUGAUUGUUGGAGGGAUCGACACGGGAAUAUUGAGUAUUGUCUAUAUUGAUAACUAUAGCAGACAUAGGCCUAUACAUCAUCAAUCCAUGCAUGGAUAACGCCUUAUAGUUAUAUAGAUCUAUACAUGAAGAUGCAAAUACAAUAUAUUACUAUCAGAGACAAGAGAGAAGAAAUCCUUCUAUAUAAUAGUUUGAGAAUUGGAGCUAGUUUUGAAAACAAAUAUAAGUUUGGCAAGAAAAUCCGCCAUAGGAAUACAUAUAAACAAGUUCAUCGUGCAGGACUAUAUAAUUUAUAUUAGAAACAACAUAUCUUGUGGCUCGAAAAAACCCCCAAAUUUGCGUUAUUGUGGAGAGAAUAAGGAACGAGUUUAAAAUUGAAUAAUUUUCUGAGAUGCUCACGAAUAUGCAAUUGUCAGAGCUUCCUCGAAAUAAAAACUCACACAAUACAUAUCUAAAACGCUCCGAUCAGAGAUAUUUCAAAACCAAACGGAUCUAUAGUUCAGAUAUAAUUAGGUGCAAAACAAGGGCUGUCACAUGCAUAUAUAGUUAUAUAAAUUUAUGUGAAUUGUAACAGAUAAACUAUUUUCUAAGACUAUAUAUACUUUCUACUCGACUACUUAAGUCUUUUGAUAGAGAAGAGAAUAAAGUCUGUAGUUUAAUUGAAGUCCUUCGCUGUACGUGAGCUUAAUUGUUCUAAUAAUUAUAUAUAAUUCUAUAUAUAGAGGUAUAUUUAUACUCAAGCUUAUAACAGAAUUGUGUCAUUACAGUUGCCUAUGUCUAAGUAUCGUAACAAUUUUCCUUGCCAUGGAUAUAUAUACUCAUUACUGCAUGCGCACUGACUAUAUAAAUGCGCAUGAGUGCGUGUCGUGAGAACCACCAUCUGCGUCGCCUAUAUUUAAUCACUUGUGCAUCAUGUACAAAACUAAGAGUAAUAUCACGAUACUUCAAAGAAAACUUGUACGAUGAAAUAAGUUGAAUGCUUCUGUUCAAAACCAAAUGUGUUUAACAACGAACAGCCACAAAACACAUCAUUUUGUGUCUUUAUCGUUUCCAAAAGAUAAAAAAGCCAUCUAAGGUUGCGCGGGAGCUAUCUAUCCAAUCUAAAACGAAUUCAACUGCAAAAUGCAAAUACUUAGCGCUGUCAGGUAAUCUCACUAAAAGCGCCUGAUAACAACAACCGUUUGCUCAGAUGGCAAAAUAUAUCCCAUAUAUAGAGAAGCUAAAAAACUCCAGAAAAUUUGAAACGGCUGCAGGCCAGAUGGGAGAUUUAAGCAAGUAAAUCGUAUACGUGAUGCGGCAAAUAACGAGAAAACGUUAAUGCCUGCUGGAAAUGAGCGAACAAAAAGACUAACUAUUCGCACCAGGAGAGCUUAAUAAAAUUAAAUAAAUGACUUUAUGUUGUUCUAGUCAAAAACAAAGUAAAUAAAUGGAGAAUAAAUGUUUAUUACAUUACUUAAUAACUAUUGUUCGAUUCCAACUCGUAGCCUUAAGGAAACUAUUCCAAUUAAAGUGAUUUCCUCGUCUUCUACAUUUGCAUUUGGCCCGAUUACCCACAGUUUGAAAAAUGUCUGGACGAAAACACACAAAUUAAGUUGGUCAGGAAGUAUUCACGUCGACACACGCCACCUCAAAUAUUCUGUUUUCUUACUAUAAAACACGUCUUCCUGUUUUCUUUCUUUUAUUGAUGAAUGAUCUUUUGUUUUGCUCUAAACGGCAAGGAUAACUAACAUUUGAAAACUAGAAGCUAAUGUCUUCCGUUCUAACUAGCCAUAAGGACGCAUUUUGAGCAAUCGUUCACGAGGAAUUAUUUCAAUUAAAGGCACAUAUAUGAAUAGUUUGUCUUCCAUAUGGCUGACGCAGGAUAACUGGCGCUAUAUGGUACAUUCUUGACAAUCUCCAGAAACCAUAUUGCUGCCAUAUUGAAGAGCGCGGCAAGCGUGUCGACAAAUGAAUUACAUAAAGUACACUUGACGUGUACGGAAAUAUAGUAUAAGACCACACCAAAUACAGUGUGCAUGUAUUUCUAUAUAUACUGUUAAACGCACUUAUGCUCCAUAAUGUUCGAUCUAAUAUUGGAUUAAUAAAGUUAAUAUAGUUCACAUACUCCCAUGUUUGCAAUAUAUUAAUAUAAUUAAAGACAUCGAAUCUGUUUUUCCGCUCCCCAAAACUGAACCAGCAAUCAUGCAACUAAUUGCUUUCCUAUAAAAGCGCGAAAAUUUUGCUACAAGGCCUCUUAGUAGCUACAUUAUACAAAGAAAUGUUGUUUAUCUUCGCUAACAGCAACUUUAAAAUAUUAAAAUUACUGACCACCUUUAGUUUUAGGCAAAAUUAGUAAACAGGAGUUUUAAAUAUAAAAUCUUGUACAAAGUUUUAUUGUACACAUAUAUACCCAAAACAAUAUGACUCUAUAAAAAUGAGGUAAAACUUCAUGAAAGAGUAUAUAGUUAUACCUAUUUGAUAUAUAACAUGCCAUUAAUGACUUUUCCAUAUACCGCAUAUUUAAACAAGAACGCGAAUAAUAAGAUCUUCCCAUGCAGAUAUAGUAUCUAUAUGAAUGAUAUUAUAGGAUAAAGUAAUUUAAUGUCUGCCAAGAUAAAGUAGUAUACAAAGUUACUGACUUGAGUUUAUACGUUGAUUGUAAAUCUAACCGUUGAGCACAACAUGAAAACGAAGUCCUAGCCAAGGAUGUUCCUCUCUUUUCGAACUUCAUCCACGCGCGCACCGCAUCCAUUUAUCGAUUAUGUAGGAAAGGGGGCUGCCCAAACUAAUUUAAGUUCUAUUCAACAUAGUGCAAUUUAUCAAAGCUUACGACGGAUGAUAAACUGACAUGCACACACUUCUGUUUACAUUUUAUCUCUACCCGCAGUCCGCUUGAAAAGAUACGAUGUAUAUUUUGGGGCAGAGUUGCAUUGCAAUCUAUAUCAGAAUUAGGAGUUUAUCUGCUUUAUAGAUUUAUGAGCAAUCGAAAUUAAGACCUUAUAAAAGCUUGCACGAUCUCUUCUUCAUCUCGAAGAAAAAUUACGAAAGUGAACCGCGGCAAUCUGUUUAGCGAUAUUGCAAAAACCACAACAACCUCAUAGUAUAUCGAAAUUCCAAGUUUCUGAACUGCGAAUUUGCAGACAAAUAUUGUGGGCGUAGUUUGGACAAAACAAGUGAAACAAAUAGGAAGAUUUUAGUUCAUAAAUUUUACGAGCUUUCUCUAUUAUUUCAUUUCGAUUGAAGGGCAAGACAAUGGGAUAACAGGUGCACUUUUCAAUCUACUUCUAAUCUAUAAACGCACAGCCCAGCAAAGAUUACGUAUCUUUCAAAGUAUUUUACAGGUCCACAUAUUGGUAUUUUCAAAAAGAAAAACUAACGAGCCGAUAUAUUAAUGAUUCAUACGCAGAGAUGUGUUUACAAAGUAAAAGAUAGUGAGUCUGUUUGUGGCUCGCGUUGAUGUAUUUGUUUAAAAUCGGAAAAGAUUUGAACUGAGAAGUGUUGGAUAAAUAUUUAGCUCAAAAUUUAGACGCGCAUACAGAUCCUGGUCAAAUAAAAUACUAUAUAUUUUCAAAUAGUUGAGAUGAUAUAUUCGCCUAGCGCCGUUUGUGUGCAAAAUAUAUAUGUUUGAGUUUGCGCGCAUUCACAUAUUCAAAAAGUAACAUAUAGUACCUGAUUAAUCUUAGUGAGUUGUCGUAAAGGCGGGCGCGCAUUGUUUAAGACUCCUACACCGCUACAGAUAAGUUUAAAACAAUUUUCGCAACCGCAGAUGUAAAAGUUAUCCACCAAAAGAUAUCGCGUGCGAACUGCGACAGAUAAAAAGCUAAAACACUAGGAGAAAGUGUCUUUUCAAGCUUUUAUGGAUCACCAUUAAUUGCAUUUCGUGAAAGUGGACGCAUCCAAUAUAUUUUUGCAUGUUUAUCUGAUCACUCGAUAAUGCUUUGUCUAACACUACCUAUAUACACACUUCACUUUUCUAUACAUUUGGUGUACUUCGAUUCUAAAAAACAUAAUUACGCACGCGAUUUAUUUGCGCAGAGGUUUUGUCGUCUGGCGCGUUUUUACAAAAAGGGGAAAAUGUAUAAAAGGCAGGGAAUAGGCUUUUUGUUGCCGGUAUGUAUAUUAUAACAGGAUGGAUAGCUCAUUCUCUUGAACGACAAGUCUCGUUGUUUUUAAGAUAACGCCACGAAAAGAUAGGCGGAUAAGAUCUCCAAGACAAGUUCGAGUCUUAUCUCUCCCCGAAAGGAAUUACAUAGCCCACACAGUUUUCGGGCAAUAGUGCGUCCACCUGGUCCUGUUUUCACGCCAUAUGACUAAAACAACGAGAGCCAAUCACGAAAUGUUUUCCCGUUUUCAACACAACACUUGUUUCACUAUGAAACUUAAAACUAAAAAUACAAUACCCGUGCGCUCAAGAGUCUUAGAGAAUCGCACUCAUGAACACUGUUUGUAUAUUGAUAUACUCGUGGAUUGCCUAGAAAGCCAUAUUCUACACACAGCGCCUAAUUGCAUAAGCGUAAUUUGUUGUUUUUCACUCACGUUUCGCACGCAAAACAUUUUCCUAAGCAAUAAUCGUCACGCUAUUAAUUUACAAUUUCAGAGCCAUAAGAAAUAUGGGAGCUGUAUAUAACUAUGUUUUUGCAAAUAUUAUAUUUUCAUUAGUGCUUGCAAAAGUCCGAUAAGAAAUGCAAACAUUGGCUCAUCAACAUCAGAUGGCUGGACCGUGAUCAUAGGUUUAAAUUGUACACCAGAAUCAUGAGUUUAUGUUAAGUUAAUCUUCGAUGAGGUUUUUGUUAAGAUAUUAUAUAAGAGGGGUUGUGCGACCCAAGUUGCGAUCUUUUGUUAUAAACUAGGUUGUAACGCAAAUUAUACACAUUCGUGUCCUCUUGAAUGCAAACGCAUUACGCUAGAAAUCUGACUGACAGAUAUUUCGUAAAUGAAUUGUUUAUUUGUUUGGCCAGGGUAUCCAAUAAGCUGUCAGAACGAGUGAAGUGCAUUCCGUAAACGUCAAAUCGACAAAGGAAGCCGCAAUUUGAUUGGCUCGGCAGACGGCGUGACGGCCGAGGCCCGGCUUUAUGGCGCCCAAAAAACUCGCGCAGCGUUCAUUUUUUCUUGACAAGUUUUGUAAGUUCAGUCACUGACAAGACAUCACGUUGAGAGGUUCUACAGAAGAGUUGCGCUGCUGUCCUACCAAACGCUUCUCUCUAUACUAACGAAGCCACUUGACUAUAUCGCAUCUCGUUCUUGGCCUAGCAAACGUUGUGGUUCGUUUUAUUUAUUUUUAAAUAUUUUUCUUAGCAUUUAACUAGAAAAAAGAUAAAUUGUCUCACUGUAUCGCUUAGUUUGAUUGUCGCAUUUCGACCACAAAUAUUGUUCGACGUUAUCGCUUGUAUAGGUUAGAUCGUUAUGAAAAUUUCUGCGCCAGGGUAGAACGCAGCAGAUAUAACAACGUGUGAAUGUGUGAAAUGGUAAUGAUUAUACAAGGAGAUUAGAAGCACGCCGAUAAGCCUUAGCUAUUAGCUUUGUUAGUUUAAUUUCAACGAGUGCAUGGCUAACAGGCGUAUUUCCGCUUCUUCUUGGAGUAUUACCCCACACACACACUAUAAAGUAUAGUGCGUGAGGAGACACUAUACAAGGCUAUUGUUAUUCACCACAAUUAUUCAAACACAACUGAGUGGAACGGUUUUUCUCUGUUCUAUUUUCAGGUCACAAUCAACAGGCAACGGGUAGUCUCGAGGUGCUUCUCAGGGUGGUACACUUCACAGUUCUAUAUAAAGGCUGCUGUCAUACAGAUUUCUAUUCUAGUUCAUGGCAAGCACAAGCGAAGCAAGAACGACAUCAAGUGACACUCAAAGCAGUAAUAGUCAUUACAGAAUGCAACAGACGCUGCCUGGAAAUUACCCAAGUAUAGUUCCGACUCCGUCGUCUAACUUAAAUCUGAUCGAACCCUCUCAACUGCUUCCACCGGAUGAGGUCGAUGUGUUUUUUCAUCACUUAGAUAGCUCAGGCAAUGCAACUAACUCAUGGCCAUAUCCUCCAGGCGCUAGAGCGCAUCCUUACCGGCCGACAAUGUGUCAAAUGACUGCCCAUGGUCCAACAGCUUUCCCUGAUCCACAAUCACAAGUUCCAACCCAGCCUGGUAGUUGUAGUAGGGUAUUCCUACCGACUGCCCGUGUCCCUUCAACCCAAGUAUGUCGGCCACAUCAUUUUCACACUCCUAUACAAUGGAUUGAGAGUAAAUCUGCAUCGAACUACGGUUGUUCUGUAGCAACACCGCCGUCUGUUUGGUGUCCGCCAUUCCCACAAACACAUCGCGGUUCUGUCUCGGUUUCCUCGCCUGCACAAGUUAGUCAAGGCAGUUCGUCAUUAGGACAUCCUAUAUUCGCAUUCCCACCAACACCACCGAAAGAUUUAAUGCAAGACGGCAGUUCUGUCAAAUCUAUCCUCGAUCCUUACGGCUAUGCUGACGAGAAAUCCUUAAUAAAAGCUGGCAUGCAAUUCUCAGGAUCACGUCCAGACUCUUCGUACACACCACAAGGUAAUUCACGCAAUAUAUUCCAUACCUAAAUACACUAUACUUUACGCGCGAUACCACCGGCAGGCAAAAAGUUCGCAACUUUAAUAUAAACACUCUAAACAAGUAGUUUAGUUACGAAAUGCCGGAUAUUUUUCUAUACUUAAUUAAUCUGACGAACACUGAGUUCCAACACCUCAACGCUCCGUAUUGUACAAAUUGUUAUUUUUGGUAAUUAUGUGUCACCAUUUGUGAAUUCACACGCAUUCACGUAGCAUUAUCACGCAAACUGUCUUGUUAGUUUGCCGUUUGUUUGUAUUGCAAAGACUAAUUUGUAGGAACGGCUAUGGGUUUUGAAUUAGUGAAUGAGGAUGUCACCUAAAGGCCCUUGUGUCGUGGUCACACAAACGCGCGGAAAUUGGAUUUCAAGCCACAUGUAGCUUGCAUUUGUUUGUCCCAAUAUGUCUAAAUAUAAUAACGGGCAUAGAAAGUAAAUAUUUGCUCAUUUCGCGCCCCAAGAACACAAAGGAUACUAAACAGAAUUUUUCACGCUUCCUCGAUUUUGCUACUAUACGCAUUUAUAAAAUCUAAAAGACACAUUGAUAUGUGCAUAAAAUAUCAAUUUAAGAAUUUGUUCUGUAAACAUUACUCGGCAAAAUACAAGGCGCUCUUUAGUUUUAGUUGCAAUUCUACGUUUUGUGUUUCAGUGGAAGGCCGAGAGUGCAUCAACUGUGGAGCGACCUCUACUCCGUUGUGGCGUCGAGAUGGAAGUGGCCAUUAUCUAUGCAAUGCUUGUGGCUUAUAUCACAAAAUGAACGGCUCAAACAGACCGCUUAUUAAACCUAAAAGACGACUAGUAAGUAUAUUAAUAAUGUACUCAUGUACUUCUUACAUCAGUACAGUUCUUCCAUUCUUUAUCUAGCUGCGCAAAGACAAGGGGUUGAAAUUAUUUUCAAACAAAAUUAUCAACCAUGCACUAUCCUCAUCUCAACUUUCUAUCUUAAUUUGCCACCAUCCGAUUCGAAUCUUUUUAUCAAGUCCUUUCAUUUUAUCAAGCCUUUUUCGUUUUUUUAUGUUUGCAUCACGUAUCAGCACAAUCUACAGGUUUAUAAUUUUCAUUGUGUUAACGAGGCAUAAAAAAGCCAGUUGAGAAUUGUUCCAAACUUUUUCUUAACCGUUCUAAUUUAUUUUAGAAUGUCUUUUCCCGUCAUAUUGUUCUCAAAAACGCUUCUAAUGUAUUUCGAAUAAAAUUUUCAUUUGUAACCAUUACUCUUAAUAAUAAGUUCUGUUCCACUUAUUAUUUCAGAAAAUAACUGUGUCUGUGUAGAGUUCUAAGCAUAGAUGUUUUUAUAGUUUAUACUAUAGUUCAUAAUAUGAAUUCUAUUGCCGAUAUUUUGUUCUUGAUUCAAAAAUACUUUUAAUUAAUUUUACAAUUAUGUUCUUAUUUAAGUCUGUUCACGUUAUUUGGGCGUAUGUUUGUGCUUGAAUAUAUUUUUCUAAUUUUUGAAGCUUUUCUCGUUGAACGUCUUUUGAAAUAUUGCUUUCGUUAAAAUGUCCAAAACGUUCUCACUUGUUUCACUUGCAUAUAAUAAUUGUCAUGGUUUUACAUUUUCUAAGACAUACCCUGAGAGCAGAGAAAUCAGGUUCUGCUCUCAGGGUAAAGACAGGCAUUUUUUAAUUUGAAUAUUUACUGUGUCAUCGGCGUUGAUUCGCCUGUUUACUGACAAACAUGUUUUGUGCUUGUUGGGUAUGAGCGAGGUAGUUAUAAAACUUCUUUGUCGCUAAUGGCUGUUUCCUUUUUUUUUCUUUGCCAGUCGGCUGCACGCCGGGCAGGAACGAGUUGUGCAAAUUGCGGCACCACGCAGACAACAUUAUGGAGAAGAAACGCAAACGGCGAACCUGUGUGCAAUGCAUGUGGAUUAUACUGGAAGCUACACGCGGUAAGUUUCGAAUGUACUACAGAACGGCGCGUAUAGUUUUGCGAACGCGUGAUUUAAAAAUAUCAUUGAUAGAAAAUCUCGUGAACAAAGAAGGCGUGUUUAAUAAAUGCACAGCAUAUAGAUGAAUACGCAAAUGGCAGCGAAAUGAUCUUUUCAUAAGCUGCAUGCAUUGUUCGAACAAAGAGUCUUGAGUGUAAAGACAUAAUAAAUGUGGUUUAGGAUGAAUGUGUGCACUAAACGAGCAACAUCAUAGCUUUGUGAAAUGUUUAAGUCCAUCAAAGAUCACACGCCAUCUGCCAUGAUCACUUUAAGAGAGUAUAACUCGAGGCGAAAUACAAAAGACUAGCAAUUAAUCUCAGUAGGGCAGCAAUUUUCGUUUAAUGACAUACUGUUGUUGUUACGACGUAAAUAAAACAGCUCUAUUCUAACGAACGAGACAUUAAACUAAAGAAACUGUAUGGGGUCAGACUAAACGGCUCCUCGUAUUUCUUAUGCACUGCAUUGGUCACAGAUUUUUUACUUUCUCAUGCUAUACUUCAAAAAUAUUAACAUGAUACAUAUUCUUGGUUUAGCAUGUAAACAGACAAGAAAUCACAUAGCCCAGACAAUAUUGAUAUAAAAUUGAUUCCGAAGAUAAUCAGAUACCAGGAACAAUUAAAUUCAUGAACUAUAAUAUUUUAAAUUCCUUUUUGAAAUUGAAGGGAUGUUUUUCAGCGCAGUCAGUGUUUUCUUUUAGAGUAUAGAGCUAGAGAGUAGAGCAGGCGAAUGUCGUCUUUCAUUUAUCCAUCGAAAUCAAAUAGACAAUAAGGAAAUUGCAAUAUUCCACUGCCUUUAGGCCUUUUUUUGUACGGCAAAGUGUGAACCGAAGCGCAAAGUGGCCAGACACUAUUCAAAAUUAUAGAAAUGGCCACUUAUAAAAACGGAUAUUUUUUCUUCCUACCCUGUAAUUUGCAAUUCAACCGACUGUAAGAUUAGCGUCUAUUGAAUUUCCAACUUGUUUUGAUCUCAAUUGAGACAUAAAUGCUACAUUUAACAAUUACAGAACACUAUAAAAAAUUCGAAAUUUGUAGGUGAACAAAAUAAAAAAGUUGCAGUUCUCACUCUAUGCUGAAAGGAAAAUGUACUUUUAUUUUUACUUUUUAAACACGUACAUUGUUGUAUAAUCCGUGCACAAAGAAUCGGAUUAUAGUGCUAUUGAAAGUCUAUAAAUGGAAAAGUCUUUAGUCCAGCUCUUUCGGUACACAAAUCCUAAGACAAAGAGCUAGUCAGAUUUGAAGUAAGUUCAGAGAUAAAUCACUAUCUUAAUGCAUGUUUCGAUUGUAUGUACUUCAUUUAAUGGAACAAACCACAAAAAUUGAGGCCAGCAAAUCUCUUUCUUAUCGAGAAGUAUUGUGGAAUAUAUAUUCACCUCUAAAGCAGCUCAGAAUUGCGAAGACAAGAGUUGAAACGCCCGAAAUAUGAUGGAAAUCAUGGGCAAUAUCAAUUGAAUUACAUGCAUUCAACAGAUUUUUGAACGUUCAUGAAUGAUGUACAAAUUAAAUCAUCUAACAGUUCCAAUACACAUAUAUAUAUAUAUAUAUAUAUAGUGUUCCAUAUAGCAAAUGAAAAUAAUUUAUCACACAAUGGAACAAGCAUGAACAGACAGUUCAUAUUCAUACACCUCAACAGACAUAUAAAACCUUCCUUUCUUAUUCAAAUAUAUACUAGACUAAGUAUACACGUGUUGUUGUGCAUCAUGUAUGUGCUUGACAUUAAAUCAGCACUGUCUAAUUCAACGAAUAAAUAAAGGCUACAAUGCUAUACCAGCUUAUUUGCUGUAGUUGUCCACUAACUAUAAACGCGGCUACUACUUUCUCUAUAAAGUAUAAUCUCGCCUGAUAAAUCUUAUCCAAAAACUAUUAUUUCUUGGCUAAGUAAUUUUAUUACGAGUAUAUAAGCGAUACUGUCAAAUCUAACUGCGAUGUUUUUCUGAGCAAUGCCGGGCCAAAGAAGAUACAUUAAAUGAUAUACGUGAUUUUUCCAAGCUCUGUGUAUAAAGUAAACCCAAAAUUAUUGUGGAAUACGUGGUUCUUGUGAAAGAUAAAUACAUAUGUCAUAUGUCACACAUUAUGCAGUUUAUUUUCAGAAAAAAAUUAUGCAAAUUAUGUUUGGGUUCGCACUGCUUGAAAAAAAUCCAAAGAAUACAUGAGGAAAUUUCAGCAUAUAUACACACAGCAUGAUUUUUAUAAGGUUUAAUAUGCAUGCUUGUCCUUACAAAGCGCAAAGAUUUUUCGCCUUAAUUAUGUACUGCCCAAUAUAUUCCCCCAACCGUUUAGCGUACACGAAACAAUUUUCUAGCUGAAAUCCUUUCGCAAAUGCAAAAUAGGUUAGUUUCGUAUGAGAUAAUGCUUUUCUCGAAUGAAGUGUGAUUAUGUUUUAUUAGCAAUAUGCACGGCGAUUUGUGCAUAUUUAUGAAAUUCAGAUUACGAAAUAAUCAUAUAUACCUAGCUAACUGGCGCACAUUCUGUUCGCAGGUGAACAGACCAUUAUCGAUGAAGAAAGACGGAAUACAAACAAGAAAUCGGAAAGUCUCGUCAAAAACGAAAAAGAGCAAGAAACAUGGCGAUAUAAAACAAGAAGAUGGCAAACUGGAAGGAAGCAUGAGUUCAAAUCACUACAUAACCAGUCAGGAGUCCAUGUUUUCCUUCCCUGGAUCUUCUGUAAUAAGCAGUCAAAUGAUCCAUCCUUCAAUGAAACCUCUUCAUCCCUUACAUCCAGGUCUCUUUGCGCCCAUCGUACCUCAACAUUCAUCUUUAAGCGGCAUGGUUUAAAACCUCCAUUGCUCUCGAGAAAGACUGAUAUAGUGAUAGACAGGUAAACCAAGUUUGCCUAUAAACAGAGGACUAUCCAACACAAAGUUGGAAAGCCGAAUCAUUCCUCGAUGGUCAUGUAUCAAAGCUGAAGGCAAUGCUGAAAUAAGCAAUACUUUCAAGCUGGGAUUACACUGAAUAGGAAAAUGGCACAAUCCAACGUUUUCGUUCAAUCCUAUGAUAUUUAUUGAAAAUAGAAAAAAGCCUGUUGUAAUCUUAACUUGGAUGGUGCCAUGUUCUUCACUCAGUGAAAAUCUAGCCCGUUUAGACCGUGCUCCAUCCCAAUUUGAACUUUUUGGAAAUUGAAUUACUCUUGCUGGUAAACUACAAUCUACAUUAUAUCAAAUUAUAUAAAUUAAAUAAUAGGCUUCUCUGGGCGUAGAAAAACAAAUUAUAACAUUUUAUACUAUAGUCAACACAAAUAUGAGCACGAUUCUUUCAACGAGGUCGUAAAAUGACGCAAGUGAAUGGCAAGAACUAAAUUCAUUUCCAAAAUGCUUCUGUUGGGAGGAAUUGAUCUCAGGAAAACACACAUGAAAACCAAGCAUGAUGAAAGAUAAUUAUAGCGGAGAGAUAGAGUGAUCUUAAAGCAACAGACAAUAUGAAAGUGAGGGAGAUUUGGAGAGCUCUUGCUCUUAGAACGCUAAAGUGGAAUAGUGACUGGUGUCCAGUUAUUAUUGCUGACAAAGACACAAAAUAAAAUAAGUGAACAGCUCGCGCGCAAAAAGUGCAUUGUGCAAAAUUCCGAACGUUCAUGCAUAAAGGAUGUAGAAAAUUUAUGAGACAAUAUGAUGACGAUGUAUUUAAUCUUUAUGUAUAGAGAAUAGAACUAUACAGAUGUAUUAUAAAUAUCUUUGUUGGUAAGAUGGAACAUAUAAAUAUAUUAUAAAUAUGCACAUAAAAAAAUAGAAAUAAAUUUGAUUGACAUUGGAUAUCGCGUGUUCUGGUGCAGUCUUGAGCGGAAUGCACUCAAAGAUAUUAAAAAUGAAUAACGUUUUACGUAUCGAUGGCGCUCACAGGUUUGGUUAUAAUUAAACACAAAUGAGUACAAAAUGCUACAUGGGAGUUCGCGGAUGAUAAUUUUAGACCAUAACCUUGUGCAUGGUGUAGAUAAAACUCCAAAAAUGAAAAACAUGAGGAACAAAAGCUGUGCGAAGUACUGUCAAACGUAUCUUCAG